AUGCAACGCAACGACCGCUGGCCCGAAGACUACGACCCCGACGGCAGCCGAAGCCGCCCUGGUUCUAGAAGGAACUCCGCCUCUCUUUCUAGAAGAAGCAGCGCCAAGAAGGAGAAAGAAGGAAAGAAGAAGUCACCCUCAAACACGCCCAGUUCCGCCAGUUCCACCCCCAAGAAAGUGGUGAAACCGCAGAAUUUGGAGUUCAUGGUCACGGGGAAGCAGUGCUUGAAGAAAUGCGACCGAGCCAACUCCUUGCCUGGGUACAACAGACGGACUAUGAGCAGCGACGCGAAGACCAAGAAGCUCUUUGAGUCUCCCAAGAGGACCGCCAACGCCUCCCAGUCCUCUAAGAGCAGGGAGACUAGUUUGGAAGACGACAUGUCGUUGGAUUUGUCGCAGGUUUCCGACUUCGAAGACACAAACUCCAAGUACGGCAUCAAGACGAAAUUCCAAGCGCUGGCCACGUCCACACCCAAAGCUCAGAAGGCGAAGCCCCGCAGUGGUUCUCUCCAGAGCCACCUGGCGAAGGAAGUCAGGAAGCCACGCUUUGAGAGAGACAGCACUUUCUCUUGCAGUAGAGAGAGUGUGUUCAAGUCCUCGUCUUCAGCGAGUCCGUAUAAGUAUGGAGCCAACACCACCGAGCUGGACUACUCGUCGGUGUCCCCGGAGUACUCCGGACAGUCCUCCAAUGAGAUGUCUCCGAGAGUGGGAGGGGAGGUCGCCACUCCGCGGAGCAUUGAGCCUCAUCUGUCCAGUUGCUGCGGCAGCAGCUGGCAGGACUGCAGCGAGGCGGAGCGCACAGCAGUGGACCGGGAUAGCGGCGAGUGGUCAGAGUUCUGGGCCAACUACAACAAUUCUGUCGCUCGGGUGCCGGUCAAGAGUUACUACGACCAGUGCCCCACGCCUUAUAGGACUGAGAAUAUUGACCUGGCCGACCUGGAAUUCUCAACCGAAGGCUCCCGAAAGCGUUCUCCAGACAACAUUGACCACAUCAACUACGUCAUCAGAAACGAGGGGCUCCAUCUCACUCCCCGAGAAACCCAGAACAUGAUCAAAUGCGCCCAUAUCCUCGGCAAUGUUCUUACCAAGGCCAUAGAGCGACGAUGCAAGGAAAAAGACCAAGUCGACGACCGCGUCCAAGAAGUAAAAGUCGAAAACGAAGAUCCGGAGAUAGAAAACAAAAAGAAAACGCUUACCUUAGACCUGAAAGAGACGAACGAACCUGCAGUGGUUGAAGAAGAAAAGAGAUGCGAGACUGUGACAACGCAGACCGAUAUUUCCCUGCCGAACACCAAAAGCGCGCCACGAAUCUUCGAGAAAAUCUUACGUCAGCUGUCAAAAAGUUCGCUGGAUGAAGGCAUUAAAGCAAUGAAUAUCAGCAUGAGUGAGAAUGAGAGUAAGGUUUUAGAGAAUACAGAGGUUAAAGAGGAAUCUAAUCAACUUGAAGUAAAAAAAGAUUAA